UUAUGAAGAUCAAGGAUGCUAUGUGUUGCAGGAAAGUUAUCAUUAUUCUUGAUAAUGUGGAUAAUUCAGAACAAUUCAAAUCCAUUAUUGGUAAACAAGAGUGGCUGUCGUCGGGAAGUAAAAUCAUCGUCACAACUCGAUUGAAGUGUUUGUUAAGUGAAGGUUGUUGGAAACUUCACAUUAAGCCAUUGAGUGUUAAAAAGUCACAUAAACUCUUCGCCUUGCAUGCCUUUGGACGAGAAGAUUCUCCUGAAAAUUUCGAUGAGCACUCUGAACGUGUAGUGAGCCUUUGUGAUGGUCUUCCAUUAGCUCUUCGUGUUUUAGGCUCCUUUCUUCGUCGCAGAAGUAUAGAUGAAUGGAAAAGUGAGAUUAAGGAACUGCAAGAAAUUCCUGAUAGUCGAAUUCAAAAGAUUCUCAGAAAAAGCUUUGAUUCUCUACAUAAUGAUCGUCAUCGAAGCAUAUUUCUUCACAUAGUUUUUUUCUUUAUUGGGUGGGAUAAAGAUGUUGUAGUUAAAAUUUUAGAGGGAUGUGGCUUCGAAGCAAUAAUUGGAGUUCAACAUCUCUUGGAUAGAUGUCUCAUUGAAAUCAAUGAAAGAAACAACCUAGCGAUGCAUCAGUUGAUUAGAGACAUGGGUAGGGAAGUUGUUCGCCAAGAAUCUCCUGAUGAACCGGGGGAGCGCAGUAGAAUAUGUAAUCAUAAAGAGGUAUUUAGGGUGUUGACAGAAAAAACCGGUACCAAGACAAUUAGGGGCCUCAUUCUUGACAUGCAUUUGUUAAGAGAAGAGAAACAUGUCGGCCCAAUUUCAAAUUAUGGAAAUUACAGUCAUGAAAAUUCGGUGGAGGAAUCAGUGCUUGGUUGUGAAGAUAAUCGUUCAAUGCAUGAUCGUCUUGGUGGCAUCGUUAGGCAACGGAUUGUGAAUUGUAUCCCAAAAACCUCAUCUACCUCCGCAGAUGUGAUAAAAACAGAGGCAUUUGCAAACAUGCGCCAAUUAAAUGUGCUCCUGCUCGAUGAUGUUAAGCUUGAUGGAGGAUAUGAAGAUUUUCCAAAACACUUGGUGUGCCUGCGUUGGCUCAGAUUCCCUUUGAACUCUAUGCCAACGUGUUUAAAUGUGGAGAAACUUGUUGUUCUUGAUAUGCGGUAUAGCAGGCUAAAACAUGCUUGGCAGGGAAAGUCCUUUCCAUGCUUGAAGAUCCUUGACCUAAGUCACUCUCAUUUACUCACUACAACCCCUGACUUCACGGGACUACCUGGUCUUGAGAGUUUGCUGCUUAAAGAUUGUAUAAACUUAGUCAAGAUUGACGAUUCUAUUGCAGUCCUAAGGGCACUUGUCUUGUUAAAUCUUGAAGGCUGCGCAAAACUCAAGGAGCUUCCAAAGACAAUUUCUGAUUUGAAAUCACUUGAAGAACUAUAUUUGACUGGUUGCUCAGAACUUAAAGUGCUACCCAAAGUGCUGGCUCAGAUGGAAUCCUUGAAGGUGUUUUUUGCUGGUGGAAUUACCUUGAAUGAAUUAAGCUUUAGCUCGAGAGAUGUAAGGGGGCCUUGGUCUUGGUUAUCAGGCAGAGAAGGUCCAGAAUCCACUAUGUUUUCAUCUGCUUUUCUUCCACGUUCUUUGACCCAUUUGAUCCUUCCAAACUGCAAUUUAUCAGAUGGUAAAUUUACCACGGAUCUUCAUUUGCCGUCUUUGAGACAUUUAGUUCUGCGUGAUAACCCACUUAAUACUAUAUCGGCUGAAAUUCCUGGGCUCCCUUCACUCGUAUAUCUUGAUAUAACGCUGUGCAACAACUCCAACGUUAUUAUAAAGGUUCCUACGAGUAUAGAGGAACUGAAUUGGAUAGGGCGGUCAGUUACAAGUCUGUCGGACUUGCUGCGUUUUGGGUUAGAGCACAUCUCCAGUGGUCGUGAAAACCGGUUCACGGAAUCGUUCCCUCAAAAUGUUGUGCAGCCUGGUCAAUCGGAUUGGCCGCAUAUCCUGGUGAAAACCAUUAUCAUGAACAAUAAUGAUUGGUACCACAUGCAUCUGGAGGAUGGUCCUCGGCCACGUGUAAUACUACAGGAGAAUACUUCGGGUCCUUCGCGUCAGACUGUGCUUGAUCCGAGCUUACUUCUUUGGGAUAUGCGUAAGGAGAAAUUAGCAAAGGUGGACAAGGGAUAUAUGAAGAUCGGGAGAUUGUUGGCUGACGAGGAAGUUCCCAUUGAAAGUUUGUUGUCCCAUCAAGAAGGGGGUGAUGAAUUGGGUACUUUAGACCUUGAUGAAUUGGGUACUUUAGACCUUGAAAAGUACCUUGAAAAGUACCUUGAUUGAUUGGGUACUUUAGACAAUUUUUCAAGUAUUGAUUAAGAUUUUCUAAAAAAUAUCUUGAUAAAAAAUUGAGGCUUUACACUUC